ACAGAACGGUUAAGAGCGGUACCGUUUUAACUCCAAGUUUUAAAAUCCUUUCUGAAUCGAUCAAAACAGAGAGAAAAAAAAAAGAAAAAGAAACAGAGGAUCCUGUUCUUGUUCUUGUUGCUUACUUAGAUCCUCCAAUUUUUAUUCUUUUAGAGAGAAAUGGCUCCAACUUGAAGCAAUAGUUUACGAAAGCCAUUAAAAUUUUGUGUUUUAAGCUAGUGGGGAUUGGAAUAUAUUAAAGAUGAAAGCAGGAAGCGCUGCAAAACUGAUUGUUGAUGCGCUUCUGCAACGGUUUCUUCCGUUGGCCAGACGCCGCAUUGAAACAGCUCAAGCUCAGGAUGGACAGUACCUUCGACCUUCAGACCCGGCCUAUGAGCAGGUUCUGGACUCUUUGGCUAUGGUUGCACGGCAUACACCUGUACCUCUUUUAGAAGCUCUUCUUAGAUGGCGAGAGAGUGAAUCUCCUAAAGGUGCAAAUGAUGCUUCUACCUUCCAAAGAAAGCUUGCAGUGGAGUGUAUUUUUUGCUCAGCAUGUAUUCGUUUUGUGGAGUGCUGUCCUCAGGAAGGACUUACUGAGAAGCUUUGGUCUGGGCUUGAGAAUUUUGUUUUUGACUGGCUAAUCAAUGCCGACAGGGUUGUAAGCCAAAUCGAAUAUCCCUCAUUGGUUGAUUUGCGAGGGCUCCUUUUGGACUUAGUUGCUCAACUCUUAGGUGCAUUAUCUCGUAUCAGGUUUAGUUCUGCAACUGAGCGCUUUUUUAUGGAAUUAAACACUCGUCGGAUUGACACUAGUGUUGCCCGGAGUGAAACACUGAGUAUCAUCAACGGAAUGCGCUACCUAAAACUUGGGGUUAAAACUGAGGGAGGUCUGAAUGCAUCUGCUUCCUUUGUGGCGAAAGCAAACCCUCUUAACCGUGCUCCCCAUAAACGCAAAAGUGAGCUUUACCAUGCAUUGUGUAAUAUGCUAUCAAAUAUUCUUGCUCCGCUAGCAGAUGGUGGCAAAAGCCAGUGGCCCCCUUCAGGUGUAGACAAUGCACUUACACUGUGGUAUGAGGCUGUUGGGCGAAUAAGAGGGCAACUUAUAACUUGGAUGGAUAAACAAAGCAAACAUAUAGCUGUUGGCUACCCUCUGGUGACUCUUCUCCUCUGUCUUGGUGACCCUCAAAUAUUUCACAGCAGCUUGAGUCAUCACAUGGAGCAACUGUACAAGCUCUUAAGAGACAAGAACCAUCGCUUCAUGGCUUUGGACUGCCUUCAUCGAGUUUUGAGGUUUUACUUGAGUGUUCAUGCUGCUAGUCAGGCCCCGAAUCGUAUUUGGGAUUACUUAGACAGCGUGACUUCUCAACUCUUAACAGUUUUGAGGAAAGGAAUGCUUACUCAGGAUGUCCAACAUGACAAACUAGUUGAGUUCUGUGUGACGAUUGCUGAGCAUAACCUUGAUUUUGCUAUGAACCAUAUGAUAUUAGAAUUGCUAAAGCAAGACAGUCUGAGCGAAGCAAAGGUUAUUGGUCUUCGUGCUUUGCUUGCGAUUGUUAUGUCACCUUCAAGCCAGCAUGUGGGGCUGGAAAUAUUUAAAGGACAUGAUAUUGGCCACUACAUACCAAAAGUUAAGGCUGCUAUUGAGUCGAUUUUGAGAUCUUGUCAUAGGACCUAUUGCCAGGCUCUUUUGACUUCUUCAAAGACUACAAUUGAUGCUGUAACCAAAGAAAAGUCCCAAGGAUAUCUCUUCCGGUCAGUCCUAAAGUGUAUACCGUACCUGAUAGAAGAAGUUGGCCGAAGCGAUAAGAUUACUGAAAUAAUCCCACAACACGGCAUAAGCAUUGAUCCAGGUGUUCGUGAGGAGGCUGUACAAGUAUUGAAUAGAAUAGUUAGAUACCUUCCCCAUCGUCGAUUUGCAGUUAUGAGAGGGAUGGCCAACUUCAUACUUCGGCUUCCUGAUGAAUUCCCUCUCCUCAUUCAAACUUCGUUGGGACGCUUGCUGGAACUCAUGCGUUUUUGGAGAGCUUGUUUGCUUGAUGAUAAACUAGAAGUUGGCGUUGAUGAUACAAAGCGUGGGGUACAGCGAAAUGAAGGAUUCAAGAAGUCCUCUUUUCAUCAAACAGAAGUGAUUGAGUUUCGCGCAUCUGAGAUUGAUGCAGUCGGUCUUAUUUUCCUUAGUUCUGUGGAUAGCCAGAUUCGUCAUACAGCAUUGGAGUUAUUGCGCUGUGUACGUGCAUUAAGGAAUGAUAUAAGAGAUCUUACAUUAUUUGAGCAAGUGGACAAUAAUCUGAGAUUUGAACCCGAACCAAUUUUUGUAAUUGAUGUCCUAGAAGAACAUGGGGAUGACAUUGUCCAGAGCUGCUAUUGGGAUUCUGGACGUCCAUUUGAUUUGAGACGAGAGUCUGAUGCUAUUCCUCCUGAAGUGACACUUCAAUCUAUAAUAUUUGAGAGUCCUGAUAAGAACAGGUGGGCGAGGUGUCUUAGUGACCUUGUCAAAUAUGCUGCUGAGCUUUGUCCAAACUCUAUUCAGGAAGCCAAGGUAGAGGUUGUACAACGGCUUGCCCAUAUCACACCAGUUGAGUUAGGUGGAAAGGCUCAUCAGUCACAGGAUGCAGACAACAAGCUGGAUCAGUGGCUCAUGUAUGCUAUGUUUGCAUGUUCAUGUCCACCGGAUAGUAGAGAAGUUGGUGGCUUAGCUGCAACCAAAGAUCUAUACCAUCUUAUUUUCCCCUCGCUGAAAUCUGGAUCUGAAGCAAACGUACAUGCAGCUACCAUGGCUCUUGGUCAUUCACACUUGGAAGCAUGUGAAAUCAUGUUUAGUGAGCUUUCAUCUUUUAUUGAUGAAGUCUCUUCAGAAACUGAGGGAAAACCGAAAUGGAAGUCUCAAAAGUCUCGUCGUGAAGAACUACGUAUCCAUAUUGCAAAUAUAUAUCGCACUGUUGCUGAGAAAAUCUGGCCUGGCAUGCUGAGUCGUAAGCCGGUUUUCCGUCUCCAUUAUCUUAGAUUCAUUGAUGAAACAACCAGACAGAUCUUAACAGCAGCAGCUGAGAACUUUCAAGAAAUGCAACCUCUUCGUUAUGCGCUUGCUUCUGUUCUCAGAUCUCUUGCACCUGAAUUUGUCGAGUCAAAAUCUGAGAAAUUUGACCUCAGAACUAGAAAGCGAUUAUUUGAUCUUCUUUUGUCUUGGAGUGAUGAAACUGGCAGUACAUGGGGGCAGGAUGGUGUUAAUGAUUACCGACGUGAUGUUGAACGAUACAAGGCCUCACAGCACAACCGUUCAAAAGAUUCAAUAGACAAAAUCUCAUUUGAUAAAGAGCUGAAUGAACAAAUUGAGGCAAUCCAGUGGGCCUCAAUGAAUGCUAUGGCUUCACUUUUGUAUGGGCCUUGCUUUGAUGACAAUGCCAGGAAAAUGAGUGGCAGGGUGAUAUCUUGGAUCAACAGUUUGUUCAAUGACCCUGCACCUAGGGCUCCAUUUGGUUACUCUCCAUCAACUCCAUCUCACUCCAAGUAUGCAGGUGAAGGUGGCCGUGGAGCUGCUGGUCGUGACAGACAUAGAGGUGGCCAGCAUCGUGUUUCCUUAGCAAAAUUGGCUUUAAAGAAUCUUCUUCUUACAAAUUUGGACCUUUUCCCUUCUUGCAUUGAUCAGUGCUACUAUUCUGAUGCUGCUAUAGCUGAUGGUUACUUCAGUGUCUUAGCUGAGGUUUACAUGCGCCAAGAGAUACCAAAAUGUGAAAUACAGAGGCUUUUAAGCCUGAUCCUGUACAAAGUUGUGGACCCAAAUAGACAAAUUCGUGAUGAUGCCCUUCAGAUGCUUGAAACACUUUCCGUCCGUGAGUGGGCUGAAGAUGGCAUUGAGGGCUCAGGAAGCUAUGGAGCUGCUGUUGUUGGCAAUCUCCCUGAUUCAUACCAACAAUUCCAAUACAAGCUAUCCUGUAAACUUGCUAAAGAUCACCCUGAAUUAAGCCAGCUUCUUUGUGAGGAGAUCAUGCAGAGGCAGCUCGAUGCUGUUGAUAUAAUUGCACAGCAUCAGGUCUUAACAUGCAUGGCCCCUUGGAUUGAGAACCUCAAUUUCUGGAAACUCAAGGAUUCAGGUUGGAGUGAAAGAUUACUGAAGAGUCUUUACUACGUAACAUGGCGACAUGGUGAUCAGUUCCCUGAUGAAAUUGAAAAACUAUGGAGCACAAUUGCUAGCAAGCCAAGGAACAUUAGUCCAGUUCUAGAUUUCUUGAUCACAAAAGGGAUUGAAGAUUGUGAUUCAAAUGCAUCUGCCGAAAUAAGUGGUGCAUUUGCUACAUAUUUCUCAGUUGCCAAACGGGUGAGCUUAUAUUUAGCACGGAUAUGUCCACAACGCACAAUUGAUCACCUGGUCUACCAAUUGGCUCAGCGAAUGUUGGAAGAUAGCAUUGAACCAGUUGUGCAAAGUGCAACUAAGGGUGAAGCAAAUGGGAAUUUUGUGUUGGAAUUCUCGCAGGGGCCUGCAGUGGCCCAAAUCGCCUCUGUGGUGGACACCCAACCACACAUGUCACCAUUGCUUGUCCGUGGUUCCCUUGAUGGUCCCCUUAGAAAUACUAGUGGAAGUUUGAGCUGGCGAACAGCAGGUGUGACAGGGCGGAGUGUCUCGGGCCCUUUAAGUCCAAUGCCUCCAGAGUUGAAUGUUGUUCCAGUGACUACAGGACGGUCAGGCCAGCUCAUUCCAGCAUUGGUGAACAUGUCAGGUCCUUUGAUGGGAGUUAGAAGUUCAACAGGAAGUUUGCGGAGCCGCCAUGUUUCUCGGGAUAGUGGAGACUACCUUAUUGACACACCGAACUCUGGUGAAGAUGGGUUGCAUCCUGGAGUUGCUAUGCAUGGUGUUAGCGCCAAAGAACUUCAGUCGGCGUUGCAGGGGCAUCAACAGCAUUCACUAACUCAUGCAGAUAUAGCAUUGAUACUACUGGCAGAAAUUGCAUAUGAGAAUGAUGAAGAUUUCCGCGAGCACUUGCCUCUGCUUUUUCAUGUCACAUUCGUCUCAAUGGAUAGUUCAGAAGAUAUUGUGCUAGAGCACUGCCAGCAUUUGCUUGUUAAUCUGUUAUACUCACUCGCAGGUCGGCACUUGGAACUGUAUGAGGUAGAAAACAGUGAUGGAGAGAACAAGCAGCAAGUUGUCAGUCUGAUCAAGUAUGUCCAGUCAAAGCGAGGGAGCAUGAUGUGGGAGAAUGAGGACCCCACAGUUACAAGAACUGAACUUCCAAGUGCAGCACUCCUGUCGGCACUUGUACAGAGUAUGGUUGAUGCUAUUUUUUUCCAAGGAGAUCUCCGCGAGACGUGGGGUGCUGAGGCACUCAAGUGGGCCAUGGAAUGCACAUCAAGGCACCUUGCAUGCCGCUCACACCAGAUUUACCGAGCAUUGCGGCCUAGUGUCACUAGUGACACAUGUGUAUCACUACUUAGAUGCCUACAUAGAUGCUUAGGAAAUCCAGUACCCACAGUCUUGGGAUUUAUAAUGGAAAUUUUGUUGACAUUGCAAGUAAUGGUGGAGAAUAUGGAGCCAGAAAAGGUGAUCCUCUAUCCGCAACUUUUCUGGGGUUGUGUUGCCAUGAUGCACACAGAUUUUGUUCAUGUUUACUGCCAGGUGCUUGAGCUCUUUUCACGUGUGAUUGAUCGUUUAUCAUUCCGUGAUAGAACAACAGAAAAUGUGCUUCUUUCAAGUAUGCCGAGGGAUGAACUUGAUACUGGUGGUGACAUUGGAGAUUUUCAACGAAUUGAAUCUCUAGCAUCAUCCAGUGGGAAUCUGCCAACAUUUGAAGGGGUGCAGCCUCUUGUGCUUAAAGGGCUCAUGUCAACUGUUAGUCAUGGUGUCUCGAUUGAGGUUCUCUCACGGAUCACAGUGCACUCAUGUGACUCUAUAUUUGGAGAUGCAGAAACAAGGCUCCUAAUGCAUAUCACAGGCUUACUUCCUUGGCUCUGCUUGCAGCUCAGCAAGGAUUCAACAGUAGCACCUGCUUCACCGUUGCACCAUCAAUGGCAAAAGGCUUGCUCUGUCGUAAACAACAUUGCACUUUGGUGUCGAGCAAAAUCAUUAGAUGAAUUAGCCAGUGUCUUUGUGGCUUAUGCUCGAGGAGAGAUCAAAAGCGUAGAGAACCUCCUUGGUUGUGUCUCACCACUAUUAUGCAACGAAUGGUUUCCAAAGCACUCAGCUCUUGCUUUUGGGCACUUGCUACGACUAUUGGAGAAAGGGCCAGUUGAGUAUCAGCGUGUGAUACUGCUCAUGCUCAAAGCUUUGCUCCAGCACACUCCCAUGGAUGCUUCCCAAAGUCCGCAUAUGUAUGCAAUUGUGUCCCAACUGGUGGAGAGUACAUUGUGCUGGGAGGCACUGAGUGUGUUGGAAGCUCUUUUGCAGAGCUGCAGUUCCUUGCCAGGUUCCCAUCCACAUGAGCCGGGGUCAUAUGAAAAUGGUGCUGAUGACAAGAUGCUUGUGCCUCAGACCUCCUUUAAAGCUCGGAGUGGACCCUUACAAUAUGCAAUGGGAUCAGGGUUUGGGGUAGCUUCAACAUCAGGUGCACAAGGUGGAAUUGAAUCAGGAAUUCCACCUAGAGAGGUUGCUUUGCAGAACACACGCCUGAUCCUGGGGCGAGUACUAGACAACUGUGCUCUAGGGAGGAGGAGGGAUUACCGUAGGCUGGUCCCUUUUGUAACUAGUAUUGGAAACCCCUGAUGGAAAUAUAUUUAUCAAGUGUAAAUGUACAUUAAUUGUAGUACUUGUGAAAUAUUAGGUUCUGGUUUUGUAAAUAGGCAUCACAAAUUAAGAGGGUUUAGUUAGUGACCUAAUAUUCUUGUUGUCUCAGUAUUGCAAAGGCCUCAUUGUCAAGUCUUGUUUUAGCUAAUCAUAAUUGCUUUCCUGCUU